UCAUCAGCUGGCGUAAUCUUGAUAUUUGCCAGCACAAGGAGGAGGAUGACGGCCUUUGAAGAGAUGGGAGUUAUGCCAGAAAUUGGCAAAGCUUUAGAAGAAAUGGGCUGGUUGUUGCCAACAGAUGUUCAGGCCGAGGCCAUUCCUAUGAUCCUGGGUGGCGGAGAUGUCUUAAUGGCAGCAGAAACGGGAAGUGGCAAAACUGGUGCGUUCUGUGUUCCCAUUCUCCAGAUAGUCCAUGAAACUCUGAGGGAUAUUAGAGAAGGUAAAGGUGGGAAGAUAUCCCAGAGAGCCACUACCAGUGCCAAGUGGAAGAUGAGUGUGUAUGAUCGAGGAGAUGCAUUGGCCAUUGAUCCAGAAGGGCUUCUUUGUCAAGCUCGGGAUGCAGGUGACUGGCAUGGAACAAGAAGCAACAAAGCGGUUGUCGGAGAGGGGAAGUAUUUCUAUGAAGCUACUGUCACAGACGAAGGACUGUGCAGGCUGGGAUGGUCCACUGAUAAAGCUACUCUGAAUCUAGGAAUUGAUAAAUUUGGGUGGGGAUUUGGUGGAACUGGUAAGAAGUCUCAUGGAAAGCAGUUUGAUUCUUAUGGCGAACCUUUUGGAAUGAAUGAUGUAAUGGGAUGUUACCUUGACCUUGAUAACGGCAUGAUCAAAUGGUCCAAGAAUGGAGUUGACCUGGGAAAUGCGUACACAAUACCGGCGCAAUUGAGAAAUGAAAAGUUCUAUGCCGCUGUGGUGCUUAAGAAUGCUGAAAUGAAGUUUAACUUUGGAGACAGUCCCUUCAAGUAUCCACCUACAGGGGGCUAUAUCGGAUUGUCCAAGGCAAACCCCAGUUGCGUGGUGGAUUCCAGAAUCGUUGGUUCUGGAUCCUCUGCUGCGAAUUCUAAACCGGCACCUAAUGCCCCUCAGGCUAUUAUCAUAGAACCUUCAAGAGAACUUGCCGAGCAAACCCUGACCCAGUUACAGAAGUUCAAAACACACGUCACAAACCCAACAGUGAGUGAAUUACUGAUCAUUGGAGGUGUGAGUUCCAGAGAGCAGACAGACGCCUUGAUGAAAGGUGUGGACAUCGUAGUGGGCACUCCAGGUCGUCUGGAAGAUCUUAUCUCUACAGGUCAGCUAGCGCUACAUCAGGUCCGAUUUUUCGUUCUGGACGAGGCUGAUGGACUGUUACAGCAGGGCUACAGCCCGUUGAUAGAUCGCCUGCACAAACAGAUCCCUAAAGUUACCAACGACGGUAAGAGGCUUCAGAUGAUUGUCUGCAGUGCCACGCUGCACUCCUUUGACGUGAAGAAGAUGGCUGAGCGACUAAUGUACUUCCCCACGUGGAUUGACCUGAAAGGUCAGGAUGCGGUGCCCGAGACGGUGCAUCACGUUGUUUGCAUGGUGGAACCCAAAGAGGAUACAUCCUGGAUGAAUCUGAGGCAACACGUGACAACGGAUGGAGUUCAUCUGAAGGACAGGCUACAGCCAGGUUCUAACCAUGCGGAAACCCUGUCAGAAGCUGUGAAGAUCCUCAAGGGAGAGUACACUCUGAAGGCCAUAGAUGAACACAAAAUGGAGAAAGCCCUCAUAUUUUGCCGGACAAAGCUUGAUUGUGACAACUUGGAGAAGUAUAUGGUGGAAAGGAACAAGAGUAACUAUACCUGCGUUUGCCUCCACGGUGAUCGCAAACCUCAGGAACGUAAAGCCAAUCUUCAAAAAUUUAAGGACGGCAAAGUUCGUUUUUUGAUUUGCACUGAUGUGGCUGCCCGCGGCAUCGAUAUUACAGGCCUCCCCAAUGUAAUCAACGUCACCCUGCCAGACGAAAAACAGAACUACAUCCAUCGCAUUGGUCGCGUUGGCCGAGCUGAGAGGAUGGGUUUGGCAAUCUCACUGGUGGCCAGCGUGAAGGAAAAGGUUUGGUAUCACUCCAACUGCAACAACCGAGGCAGAGGAUGCUACAACACGGACUUGACAGAUUACGGAGGAUGUUGUAUCUGGUACAACGAGCCACAGUUGCUCAAUGAAAUCCAAGACCAUCUUGACAUCACUAUCGAUAAGGUUGCACCAGAUAUGAAGGUUCCAGUCAAUGAGUUUGACGGCAAGGUGGUGUACGGGGAGAAGCGGAAAGUAGGCGGCAGCUUGUAUAAAGGUCACGUUGAGUUUUUGGCGCCAGCCGUUAGUGAUUUGGCCCAACUGGAGAAGCGCGCACAAUCUUCCUUCAUCAACCUGAAAUACAGGAAGCCAUUUGCUGCUCGUUGAUGAACUGAUUUUCUUUUUGAAUGAAACAUUCGUAAGUUGACCGACUUCACAUGUGUUUCGUCAUGUCAGAAUUAUGCUUUAUAUGCCACAGGGAAAAAGUCUUCUGCAAUAAUUUGGCCAGUAAAUUAAUGUUAUGUAAGCUAUUGUCAGUUGCGUUAAGACCUUUGAAAGGAACUGAUUUACAGCUAGGGGCAAGUUGUAGUUUUUUUGGUUCGCAUUUAAAGUCUGCAGAAGGAAUAAUUGGAAUCCUUUCUAAGUAUAUGAUUCACACAGCAGUGCUAUUUUUUUGUUUGACAUUUUAUGAAAUACAAUUUAUGCCUAACACGCGUUCAGAAAAAGUUCGGUUUGACGUGUUGACUUGUAAGAAAUUGUCUCUUGGCAGAAGCAAAUCUGUGUCUGUUAUGUAGUUGCUUGCUUGGUUGGGUUUUGUAUAUAAAGGCUGCUUUCAACGUUAAAGUCAUCUCAAGAUGACGGUGUCUCCAUGUAGAAUGCCUGCCCCAAUGCCGACACCAAGUAUAACGCACCAUGCAUGCAUUCAGUGAAUGUCCCAUUAUGCCUUUAUAUAAACUGCCAAACUAAUAUUUGGUAAUGACGCGAUCGAAUAUUAACUAAUUUGAUUAUUUUUUUACCUUCGGAAAAGGCCUGGGUACAGAUUGCGCAUGUAGUGAUGUAAAUUUAAAUGUGGAUUGAACUCAAAAAUCCAACUUAAACUCUUAACAAAACACCAAUGUGAGAAUAAUAUGGAGGGAUGCCAUUCAGCUUUAAUCCGUCUGUGAGUUCUCUUCUGAUAUAUACAUGUGAACAUGUUAAAAUAUAUGUAAAUCACACAUCAGUGGGGUGGAGAGGCAAUUUCAAGGCAAUGCAGCACAAGCAAUUCAGGCCUAAGCUGUGUUGGAUAUAUUGUUUAUUCCUCUGUAUGUCAUGACGUUUUGUUACGGAAACUGGUCAUUUCAGCUUGAACCCGGGUCACCAUGCAUUAAUCCACAAAAUGCAACCCACUUUUCAGCUUAG